GAAACUGUCGAGUUUUAUGUAGCGAUUCUCUUGGUACUCAAAUACGUACGCAGGGCAUUCACCAGCUAACAAACAGCACAUCUGGCACAAACAUGAACGAGGACCUUCGUAUUUUUCAGACGCAGUUUGCAUCUAUAAUGGAGAUUCUUUUGAGUGCAGCCAUGGCUGAAACAGCUAAACUCUACGAGUCCUGUGUUCUGGAGCUCCGUGCUGAGAUGAGUCGGGUACAGGCAGAGAACAACACACUAAAAUGUCGCAUAAUCCAAACACUGGAGGGUUCGGAAGGCAACCCAGUGCAUAGUGAAGAAUGGAUCUCAGAAAACAGUUACAGACCACCAACGUCAAAGACAGAGUCUAGUCUCGCUGAAAUCAUCAUCACACAGGAGCAGCUGGAGGGCAAAGAGGGAGCCCCUUUCAUUAAAGAGGAGGCUUCAGACUCCAAGGAACUCGAUGGAAUUUCCCGGACUCCACCUGAGGUACACAUAGAGACUCAAACACAGUUAACAGCUAACCAAAAUGGAGCGUGCAGACCUCCACCAAGUCCCACUGGCUCAGAGUGCAAGACGGAGAUCAAAGUGGAAUCGUCUCCUCAGCCUGUCACUAUGGAAAUGAGGAUUGUGACGCUUGAGCAAAGCAGCGCUGGCGCUGCGCCUCUCCAAAAAGUCUCCCAUAAAACACGCGUGUCACCAGACCCGUCUGACCGCGCUCACCCUCCAUAUCGGCAGCACAGUAUCAGUCAUGGGCGACCUCAGACUGCACGCAUGGCCCCUCUCUCUCCCACUGGCAACACACUCACCAUGGAUAUUUCAACGCGCCACUUUGGCCAUCAGAGUGAGGAGCAGAGAAGUUAUAACACAAGCUUGCCUCUACCCAACAGACCACCACUGCCUACCUUUAAUGGAAGUGCUACUAGGACACUACAGAAGACAAUGCCAGUGCGGCAUCUUCCCCUGAGCGCUUUCCCGGGGGGCGGCCAACACCGCUGUGUGAACUGUGGCAAGACGUUCCACAGCCAGCAGGGUCUCUGCGGACACCAGCAGGUGCACCAGGGCGAGAGGAGACACCAGUGUUCUCAGUGCGGCAAAAGCUUCCUGUACCAAUCCCGCCUGACACAUCACCUGAAGAGUCACAGCGGCAAGGACGCCCACAGCUGCACCUUCUGCCACCGCAAGUUCAUCUCCAAAGCGAACCUAAACCUCCACCUCGUCUCACACUCCAAGGAGCAUCCUUUCGAGUGCAGUGUCUGUGGCUUGACUUUUGGGAACCGUGCUGUGUUGCACUCGCACCGGAAGACCCAUUCUGGAGAACCGCGCUACACUUGCGCUCAGUGCGGUAAGAAGUUUCUGGACCUUGGGAAUUUCUCCCGGCACAAGCGCAUCCACACCGGCGAGAGGCCAUACAGUUGUGAGGUGUGUGGAAAGUCCUUUAUCCAGUCGGCUCACCUGAAGAAGCACAUCCUCAUACACAGAUGAGGUUACAUACUGUAACUCAGACUGACAAACUGAGGUUCACACUUCUAAGGUCAUACACUUACAAGUUCUCACAAAUACGGUACAUACAUAAACCGACAUCAAAGAUUGCAGCAAUUUUCUAAUUAACACUAAUCAUUUUGAUUAUCAAGUAUACAUUACAAUUGAUUCAGAACUGGUUCUAUUUUGCAUAACUUUUCUUUCUAUAUUGUUAUUUGGAGUUGGGACACUUGUCAUAAUAAACUAAA